AUGUUCAAAUUCACUAUAGACGACGCAAUAAAUCGCUACUUAUGGCCAAGCCAAGUAUCACGACUUCCAAGCCCUGUGGCCAGAUUCCUUGGUGGGUCUACACCACGGCCGGUGUCGGAUCUAUGGCUAUGGCUCGAGAUUCUCGUCUCCACAUUUUGCGGGAUCGCAGUCAUCGAAGCCAUUUUCAAAACGCACACUGUUUUUUCUGACCACAACGCCCCGCUUAUCAUUGCCAGUUAUGGUGCCUCUGCAAUUCUCUGCUUUAAUGCGAACGGCUCUCCUUUGGCACAGCCGCGGAACGUGAUUAUGGGCCAGUUUCUCUCGUCGUUGAUUGGUCUUUGCGUGCAAAAAUUGUUUCUGUUGUCUUCUGCCGGCAGAGACAAUUACUGGGCUGGGGGAGCCUUAAGUGUGGCUAUACUGUCAGUAGCAAUGUCCAUUUUCAACUGUGUGCAUCCUCCUGGUGGAGCUUCUGCCUUGCUUCCAUGCACAAGUGAGGAGAUUCAGAGAAUGAGCUGGUGGUAUCUCCCUGCUCAGUUGGUUUCCUCUGUAGUCAUGGUUGCUGUAGCCUGUAUUUUUGGUAACAUUUUGAGAAGCUAUCCUUCGUACUGGUGGUCCGGAGGAAUCAUGGGGAAGCCGUUAGAAGAUACCGAAAAGGACAAAGAAGACGUUCUCCUGUUGCCAUCAACUGUACGCAGUGAGAAGUCUCAUGCCUUACGCUACGUGGAUGGCUUACCUCGAAUCGAGAUCGACGGCGGCUUCAUCAACUUGCCUGCGGGUUUGGAGUUGAGCAACCUUGAGAAAGACUGGCUUACUUCGCUUCAGAAACUGAUGGCUAAGCUUGAGUCAUAA